CACACAUAUGGGGGUCAAAAAUCAUUUAGAGCAUAUUCCUCUCCAACGCGACCAAAAGGGUUUUGUCAGUUGUGGACAAAGUAUAUGCCUCAGAAGCAUAUGUGAGUAGUGGAGCUAUCUUCCUUUUUUUUACCCCUUAGCACGGGUACGGUCCGGAUGGGAUUUGAUACUGGCGCCGUUUAUCACAUACCCCACCGGGCCCUCCCUUUAGAACUAUAAACCUUCUAUAUAGUCAAAGCUUCGUUCGACACGACAUAUAUUUUGAGUGGAGAAUCUUCCUCAUACUGUUACUAUCUUUCAUCAAUGUUACUGUUACAAUGUUACUGUCGGUGUUGACCUUUGAAAUUUAAAAUUAUUUCAAACACCGUGACUCCCCGCGUAAGUCGGUAAUUGUGACCAUUGAUGGUGCUACCAUGAUCUUGAUUUUUGUCUUUUAAUUCUCUAAUUCGUAGUACUACCUGCUGCCUGUUUGAUCCUCUGAGUAGGUCGUACUAGGUGAGGGAAUAUACCGGCUGACAUGUAAAAAGAUCAGGAUCAACAUUGCUGUCUUGCUCAGACCAGGUUUGUAGUAUGGGUGCUGGAUUAUUGCAUAUUUUUAAUUAAAAUGUCAACUGUUACCAGGUAAGUUAACUGUUAAACACAAAAUUUAAAGUUUUUUUAAAUUUCUAUUGCAGCAGCGGUAGUAAUUUGUAGUAAUUGAUAUUAGUAUAUAAAAGAUAAAAAACCUAAAUUACAAACAUGGUACAAUCGUUCAACCAAAAAGAAUAAUUUAUAACUGAAUUUUAAAUUCAAUUAAACUUCACUGACACUGGAUGUCCUUCGAAUGGCAUAGAUAGCGCAUGAAUUCGUUUGAAUUUAAAAGCAAGAACAAACGAAUAAUAAUUACGGUGCAGAUACUAGUAAUCGCUCUAACAAACUUUGACUUAAUUUGUACCUCGUUAUGGAUAAAAUGUAGUAAAACUUCUAACAACGUACUGUCCCAUUAGUUUAAUGAGGAACGCCCUCCAGUGUUCUCGUUCCAUGAUCAAGGACUUUUAAACCAAAGUCAAGCCACGAGUCCUGUUCAGUCGUAGAACAAGUUACCCUACGAUCAGUCACAACUAUCACGGAUCCGAUGAAGCUGAACAAACUUAACCCCCGGUGGGAUGCUUAUAAUCGACGUGAUUCGUUCUGGUUACAGUUGGUGUGUUUGAAGUAUUUGGGACUAUGGCCACCGGAGGAUUCGGAUCAAGCGACACGGAAACGGUACAUCGUGUACGGUUGGGCUCUGAGGGUUGUGUUUCUCCAUCUGUACGCACUAACGCAAGCAUUGUACUUUAAGGACGUGAAGGAUAUUAAUGUGAGCGUUGGUGAGGAAGUGUUUCGAUUUGCAUACAUUUUCAUUACAAGUUUUUCUUGUCCACAGGACAUUGCUAACGCGCUGUUUGUGCUAAUGACACAGGUGACGUUGAUUUACAAAUUGGAAAACUUUAAUUACAACAUAUCCCACAUUCAGGCAUGCUUGCGCAAACUCAACUGCACGUUGUACCAUCCAAAGCAGCAAGAAGAAUACCGGUAAAUGGGUUAAAAGUUGGAAAAUGAAUAAAACUGAAACUAAUAACAUGUUAUCCCGUCAAUUAGUCCUGUACUACGAUCGAUGAGUGGUGUAUUUUGGCUGAUGAUCUUUCUAAUGUUUGUUGCCAUCUUUACCAUCAUCAUGUGGUUGGUUUCGCCUGCAUUCGACAAAGAUCGACGAUUACCCGUUCCGGCCUGGUUUCCGGUGGAUUAUCAACGCUCCAGUACGGUGUACGGAGUGCUGUUUCUAUAUCAAACGAUCGGGAUUGUCAUGAG